CAGAGGAGAAAGCCAAUGGUUCCUCUUUUUGCCAUGUAUGUGGUGCAAUGACAGAUCAAUGUGCAGCACACAGCAGAGUAAGAUAUCACUCAUAUCACACCAUGUCUCUACACACGCUCCGGCUGUCUCUAUUACUGCUCUUCAUCCCAGCUGUGACAUCAAAUGACCAUGUGAGAGGAUCAGUAUAUGAUACAGUGACCUUACCCUGCAACUAUGACAUCAGCGGAGGCACAACCACCAUGUGCUGGGGUAAAGGCCUUUGCCCAAUGUUCAAAUGUAGCGAUAUCAUCAUCGAGACAGAUGGCAGCAAAGUGACCAAGAGGGUCUCUGACAGAUACCAGUUACUGGGGGCCAUAGCACAGGGAAAUGUGUCACUGACCAUUAGUAAUUUAACUGAGGAAGAUGAAGGAUGGUAUUGCUGCCGAGUGGAGAUGCCUGGGUGGUUCAAUGAUCUCAAAAAGGAAAAAUACCUUAGGAUACAGGAUGUUGAAGAAUGCCCCGAUGAUUUGGAAUUGAGCACAUAAUAAACAUGGCAUUAAAAAACAGGGUUUGAAUCAUUAACAAGUGAAACGUAAUAAGUGAAAAUUGGAGGAAGAAAGUGUUUGAAAGAUAAUGUUUAUAUAUUAAGUUUUCAAACCCAUAAAAAUAAGUAUUUUUGUGCUAUAAUAAAGGUUAUUGUUACAAUUUA